GUCAGUGUCAACGACGAUAUGGAACGCUCUAGGAUCCGGGCGCCCUCCUUCUUCAUCGUGCAUUCACACUAUGCAUAGCGACAGCGAGUGCCUUAUAUAUUAGCGACAGGUCAUGGAGGCUCCAAAGACACCGGAGGCCAAGAUUAUCCGGGUCAACGACAUGAUGCCACCGCCAACUCCAGUGAAGGCGUCUAGAUCUGAAAUGAACGUGCGACCAGCUCCACCACCUUCUCCCUCGCCUCGAACUCGCCCUUUUUUGAAAGGUUCGAUUGGAACGGAUCUGCGGCGUGCUCGAAUGGCUACUACUACGACGACUGAGGUGGCGGCCACCAACACGACUGAGGCAAGAGCAGAAGCAGGCUUGUCGACGCCUAUAGUCAAAGCUGCAGAGAUUCAGUCACCCUUCACUCCGAGCUCACCAAAGCUGCUCGAACGAUUUCCAGCCGGACAAGAAGUCUUUCUCCUUGAUGCCAGAGGAGAUAGUAUCAUUGGCGUCGAAAGAAUCAACCCUGCGACGUUUGACCCGAGUCAACUGUUCACGAUCAAUCCAAUCUCUAUGGCUCGAGCUUCCAAUGUACGCCAGUUCGACGCGCCCAACAUCUUCUUCAUAACAGGUCGCUACCUCAGGACUACAAGCGACGGCAAACCGUUAGCAGCUCGAGCGGAGAGAAUAGUGUACCGAAUCAGUCCGAAAGAUGGCAACGGACGGGAUCGGAUGGUUCCUCGUCGUGAUCUGCUCCUUGAGGUGCGAUUUCGACCUGGUGAUCGAGUGUAUUACCUUGAGAAAGAAGAUGGAUCUGACACAGCAAUCAAGUGGGAAGCAGUGGUCCACGGCGCUGAGGUGGUCCGGGACAAUCGAAUCUACGAGGUCCAUGUCAUACAACAGAAGAGAAACAAGAUAUUGGUCACUGACGACUUGCUGGAAGCCUAUACAGGCAACGGCUUGCAUUUAACAACAUGAUCAGUACGGUGGAAUUGGAUAUGAUUGGCAUGCUGGCGCGUUGGGGAUGCAAAGCACUCGAGCAGGAUAUGGCGAUCUUUCCUCCGCGUCAAGAUACCACAAAUGGAGACGAAUGGAGGGUUCAAUGAGAAGACGUAUGUACAGAGUAAGAGCAGCUGGCCAGCCGGUCGUGGCCUGAGGCAUGGUCAAUGCCCAGGCGGACGAAAAAGCAGACACCGCGGGCUCUGCAAAAGGCGAAAAGCAUCGGCGACCACGAGAAUAAAAAGGGUGCAACAAGACACAAGUCACGCCAUGAAUGAGAUUACUUACUCUCUCGGCAGAAAUCAUGUCGCGUGUCCUGUCUUUUAGAUGAAAGCCCAUUAAAAUGGAGGCUGAAAAAGAAUCCGAGGGUUUGCCGGGUUUGUCAAGGUCUUCUAGGUAAAGAAAGGAAGGUUUUCAUUUCC